CUGAAAUUCCUGUCUGGCACGACGCCUUUGCUUGCUGAAAGCAGCAAGGGAGAUUUACCGCUCCACUUGGGAUUCCUGUAUGCCUGUGAAAGCCUCAGGAAGCUCAGAAACAGUUUGGUAAAGGCGUCUACUUGCGAUGGUGCUGACCAAAAUCGAGAUCCGAGGCCGUACCUGCUGGCAGAGUCCCACCGCUCCGAGCGAAGCGUGGCCGCUGUUGGUCACUGGCCUCACCGGAGCACAGAGCAGCCCCGGGAGGAGCCCUCCACCAGCUCUCUAGGACAGAUUAAAUUUAACCCCACGGUGCGACACGUGGUGAUUAAUGAGCACAAGGAUGUCACGUUUAAUUGCUCCAUCAAAGUACCUCAGCUGCUGUUCAGGACGGACGCCCCAGGCAUUUCCUUGUGGAAGGACGGGAGGGAGCUGCACGUGCUGGACCACAUCUCCACCAGCCACUUCGAGAUCUCCGAUGGGGAGGAGGUGGCAAUGACCUCCACCUUCAGGAUCCGUGCCGCCCAGCGCUCGGAUAACGGCUCCUACGCCUGCAAACUCAAGAUCUCUGGCGUGGAGGUGGUGUCAGAUCCCAUCUUGGUGCAGCUGGAAGGGCUCCCACACUUCAUCCGUCAGCCCGAGAAGCUGAACGUCACCAAGAACAGUCCCUUCAACCUCACGUGCCAAGCCGUGGGGCCGCCGGAGCCUGUGGAAAUCUACUGGUUUCGCAACAACGUCCAAAUCAAUGAGAAGCCCUACAUCUCCCCGUCAGUCCUGACCGUGCCGGGUCUUAACGAAACGGCGCUGUUCAGCUGCGAGGCUCACAACAGUAAAGGGCUGACCGCGUCCAACCCGGGGCAGGUCAACGUGAAAGGAAUACCAUCUGCACCCACCAGCCUGCAUGUCCUCAACCGAACAGCCCACAGUAUCGUGAUAUCUUGGGUGCCGGGCUUUGAUGCAUUCUCUGCCUUGAACAGCUGCAGUGUCCAGGUCAAGGAAGCUGUUCCACGAAGCAAUGUCUCACUUCUGCUUUUCAACACCUCGGUGCCUCCCCAUGUGUAUCACAUCCAGCAGCUGGGGCCCAUGGCGGACUAUAACAUCCGCGUUUCCUGCAGGAAUGAAAUUGGCUGGUCGGCGUUUAGCCCCUGGAUAACCACCAGCACCACCGAAGGAGCUCCAACCACCCCGCCACUGAACGUCACGGUGUCAUUCAAUGAAUCCAGCUCGUCCCUGGAGAUCCGAUGGAUGAAGCCGCCCCUGGGGAGGAUCCACGGGGAACUGCAGGGCUAUCACAUCUGGUACAGGUGGCAGGACUCCAAGGGGUUG